AUGGACCUGACUGUAAGGUAAGAAUGCUCAAGUGUCCAUAACAUACAAUCAUGAUUGAAAGAACUCAUGAUUGCUGAUCAUGACAAACUGGAACUGAGAACAUUUCAAUACACUGACCAUAAUCCACGGGAUUUGGAAAACGAUAUAGACCCGGACAAUAAUUUCUUCUCCAAUAUCAACAGGGACUGUUACUACUACUCAGAUGAACCGUACAAUCAGACCAUUAAAUAGCUUCAAUAGCAGAAGUCUGUAUGCAAACUUCGAUAACAUCAAGGAAUAUCUAAGUCACUUCACUAAUCCAUUUAAAAUAGUUGCCAUAUCAGAAACAUGGAUCAACGCUAACAAAGGAAUGGAUUUUGAGCUGGACGGGUAUGAAUUUAACUAUAUAAACAGAAAGAACAAGAUUGGAGGAGGCGUGGCUAUGUAUGUGGAUAAAAACUUGAAUUUUAAAGUGGUAGAAAGUGUGACAACUGUGAUUGAUAACUUAUUAGAGUGCAUAACAAUUGAAAUCUGAAAAGAAAAAAACAACAAUGUGAAAAUUAGCUGUGUAACACCAGGCCUUUAGUAUGGAAGUUUUCACAAACUGGAUGGAAGAAAUGUUCUCAAAAACAAAUCAAAAAGGUAUCUUCAUCUGCAGUGAUUUUAAUAUUGAUCUGCUAAAUCCAAACAAGCACAAAAUCACUGACAAAUUCACUAACACGUUGUAUAGUAUGGGCUUACUGUAUAUCCAAAAAUCACCAGACCCAGCAGAAUCACAUCCCAUUGUGCCUCCCUAAUUGAUAAUAUAUUCACCAAUGACAUUGAAAAUAAGAGAAUGAGUGGACUACUAAUCAAAGAUAUCAGUGACCACUUACCAAUUUUUAGUCUAUGACAGCAACUACAAGACAAAUCAGCCAGAUGAAAAGACUCAAUACAGACGAGUGAGGACAGAGGAAACCAUGAGUGCAUUAAGGAAUGAAUUGCUAGCACAAUAUUGGGAAAUGGUAUACAGAGAAAACGAUGUUGAUCAUGCAUAUGAGUCAUUUUUAAGAAUUUUUCACAUCAUUGUAUGAUAAACACUGUCCGAUAAAACAAUACAGCAGAAAACAAAAAUACACAGAUCGACCAUGGAUUACAAAGGAAUUACAAAAUGCCUGUAAGAAGAAAAAUACACUCUAUAGAGCAUUCAUAAAACAAAGAACUAAAGAAGCCGAACACAAAUAUAAAAAAUAUAAAAAUAAGUUAACUAAUAUUAUAAGGGUAUGUAGGAAAGAAUAUUAUAGUAAAAUAUUACAUAAUAACAAAAACAAUAUUAAAGGAUUAUGGGACAUAUUAAAUAGUAUUAUUAAAAGUGGCUCCAGACAGCAAAGUUACCCUCAAUAUUUCAUUGAUAACAACUUUAAAAAGGACAAUAUGGAAGAGGUGGUUAAUAGUUUUAAUUAUUUUUUUAUAAGCGUUGGACCAAACCUGGCAGAAAAAAUCCCUAACCCAUGGUCAUCUGAGGUUUGGAAUAACAACCUUAUAGAUAGGAACCCCAGCUCAAUGUUUCUUACAGCAGUGGAUGAAAAAGAAAUAAUAGAUAUUGUAAAUAAAUGUAAAUAUAAAACAUCCACUGAUUGGAAUGAAAUCGAUAUGAAAAUUGUAAAAAUGGUCAUAAAGGGGAUUUCAGAACCACUAACAUACAUCUGUAACUUAUCAUUCCAAACUGGUAAAUUUCCUAACAAAAUGAAAAUAGCGAGCGUUCUGCCGCUGUAUAAAACUGGGGAUAGACACCACUUCACAAAUUACAGGCCUGUCUCAUUACUUCCACAAUUCUCUAAAAUAUUGGAAAAACUAUAACAGACUAGAGAAAUUCAUAGGAAAGCAUAAAUUACUUUCCGAAAGUCAAUACGGAUUCAGAACAAAUAGCUCAACAUCACUUGCAUUAAUUAAAUCAAUUAAGGAAAUCACAAACGCAAUAGACCACAAACAGUAUGCAGUUGGAGUAUUCAUAGAUCUUAGAAAAGCUUUCGACACAAUUAAUCAUAACAUAUUACUCAAAAAAUUGGAACAGUAUGGAAUCAGGGGGGUAGUAUUGCAUUGGGUGAGAAGUUACUUCGAAGACAGGAAACAAUUUGUGAAGUUGGGUGAACAUACAUUAUCAUGCUUGAACAUUGCUUGUGGCGUCCCCCAGGGGUCAGUUUUGGGUCCUAAACUGUUUAUCCUAUAUAAAAAUGACAUUUGUAAGGUAUCAAAGAUAUUAAAAUUAGUGUCGUUUGCUGAUGACACCAAUAUUUUUUGCUCCGGGGGUGAUUUAAACUAGCUACUGGAGACAGUCACUGCAGAAAUGUGCAAACUACAGAGUUGGUUUGACAGAAACAAGUUAUCAUUAAAUUUAGAUAAAACUAAGUUCAUGUUAUUUGGUAAUUGGUAAUUGAAGUAGGGGUACUCACGUUCAGGUGCAAGUAAAAGGCGUGGAUAUUGAAAGAGUUCAUGAAAAUAAUUUUCUUGGUGUAAUAAUAGAUGACAAAAUAAACUGGAAAUCUCACUCAAAACCUACGGAACAAACUGUCAAGAAGCAUCUCAGUACUCAGCAAAGCAAAACAUAUCCUGGACCACAACUCACUCCACAUUCUCUACUGUUCACUGGUUUUACCAUAUUUAAAUUACUGUGCAGAGGUUUGGGCCAAUACUUACAAAUGUACACUACAAUCACUAUCAAUACUGCAAAAAAGAGCCAUAAGGAUAAUUCAUGAUGCCGGUUACAGAGAUCAAAUAGACUAUUCUUGAAACAUACUAAAAUUCUCUGAUCUGGUUCACUAUCAAACAGCACAAAUUAUGUACAAAGCAAAAAAUCAUCUGCUUCCUGGAAAUGUUCAAAAAUUGUUUUUUAACAGAGAAGGGGGUUAUAAUUUGAGGGGAGUGAACAAUUUAAAACAUCCUUGUGUCCGCACAACACUAAGAAGUUUUCCAUUUCUGUAUGUGGAGUGAAGCUGUGGAACGGGUUGGGUGCAGAGCUGAAGCAAUGUCUAAGCAUCACGCAGUUCAAAAAGCCGUACAAAAACAUGGUUUUCACGGGGUAAAGGGAGAUUGAAGGGCUUUGUUGAUUAUCAGGUGUUUUUCACAGAUCAUUUAUUCACUUGUUUAUUGUCGUUGUCUGUAAAUAUGAACUUAUGUAAAUAUGAUGAGGUAUUGGUAUAUGUAAAUACACAGAACUGCUGACUAUUAUUGAGAAAGGAAAAGGUGUAGGAUUAAAUAAGCAUUUGUUUCUUCCUACUCCUUUUCGGACAUGUUAACAUUGUUAUGUUGUUUUGACUAUUUUGAUUUGGGGUUUUUUGUUUUCUUUGUUUCUUUAUUUUUAUCAUGUCCGAAAUAAAGCCUUCAAUCAAUCAACACCUGUGGAGUGGACAUCAAAGUGGUGACAUCGUAUAAAUACCUAGGUGUACAUCUGGAUAAUAAAUUGGAUUGGUCUAAGAAGAUAGACUUCAUCUACACAAAGGGGCAGAGCCACCUCUUUUGCCUGAGAAGACUCCGAUCAAUAGACAUCUGUAGUAAGACGCUGCAGAUGUUUUAUCAGUCUGUGGUGGCAAGUGUUCUGUUCUACGUUGCAAUCUGCUGGGUAAGAAACAUCAAACACAAAGAUGCAAGACUUCUUAACAAACUUGUGAAAAAGGCCGACUCUGUGGUAGGACUCAAGCUGGACUCAGUGGAGGAUGUGGAGGAGAGAUCUACACUGAGGAAGGUGGAGUCUAUUCUAAAGAACAUGGAUCACCCACUUCACAACACUUUGAUGGACCAAAGGGCCAAUGGUGGUGGAUGGCUCCUCUCUCUUCACUGCAGAACAGAAAGAUUCAGAAGAUCUUUUGUACCAACAGCCAUCAGACUUUAUAACUCUUAUGUAAAUAAUAGAUCACUUUUAUAGACAUAUUAUGUGAGACAACAGACAAUUGAAUUUCCCUUCGGGGAUCAAUAAAGUUCUUCUUCUUAUCAUUGUUAUUAUUAUUACCUGAUGUACAGGAUGUGGUCUGGUGUGUUUGCAUGUGUACAGGUAAAUCUGAGGGCUCUUAUUGGCUGGUUAGGUUCAGACUCUGAUAAUGGGAGAAUAAUGGAUUUUGAUUGGUUGUAAUUUUGUGUCUCUGCUGCUGAGAGUUUCCAAUGGCUGAUGAGGAGAAAACAGGAAACUGUGACAUCCUGUGUCUCACUUUCAUUUGAAGUCAUUUACCUCAGAUUACUGUUAGUCACUUAAGGUGACUGCAGAUUACUGUAGAUUAAGAAUAAGAAUGACUUUAUUUUAUUACUUAUUACUGCUGUAGGUGACUGUAGAUUUCUGUAUUUUUCUGUAGAGCAGCAGUUAUUUCAACCUCAGGAAAUGUCACCUGUCUCCCUCAGGACUUCUCAUUCAGUCCUUAGGGAUUGAUUCAUGCCCCUGUCAGAACACACCAGUGAAUAAUGAAGAUAUUUCACCCUACCUUUGAACAUCCUGAGCCUAAGUGUGUGGCUAACCCUACACUCUGCACUCUACACCAAUCAGACAGUGUGUUUUAUAUCUUUAAGUCAAACCAAUUUUUUUUCCUCACAGCUGGUCCUGGUAUUUAAGCAUCAUGGAGGAUAUCAACAUGGACUGUUGUAGCUCAGAGAAAUGUGGAAACCAGGAUAUGCAGACCCACGUAGACCUGGAGCUCCAGGAGCUCUCUGAUAAGAUCCUACAGCUUCUGGACAAUAAGCUACAGCACCACUUAAUAAUGGUCAGUGUCUCACUGUGCAGCUGAGCAUUAGCUAACAUGAAGCGGCUAACACAUUAGCUUUAGUGGGCAGAGGGGAGGUCUGAAACUGUCUGUGUCAUCAGUUAAACAGAGAUUUCAUCCCCGUUAAAUGUCCUCUCUCUGCCCCUGUUGAUUCUCCCCUCCUCUGCAGGACAAGCUGGAGAUCAUGCAGAGGAGUUCCUCCUACCUAGACAUCCAGCGUGAAGAUUUACCUCCUUCAGAGGAGCAGCAGCACACUUCUCCAAUGACCAACAGCACCCUGUGGUCCCUGAUUGACCAGCAGAGACUGAGCCGGGUCAAAGCCCUCACCCACACUCAGGUGAAGCUGAUCCUCACCAUGCUAGAGUUUCUUGCCCAGCAGAUCUUCAGCAACUGCAGGGAGCUCAUGGAUUUCACCAUGAGGCACAGUCAGGGUUUGUCAAACAGCAAUGAAACAGCUUCCAUACAGGAGAAGUUAGAGCAGACUCUGCAGCACAUGUCGGACUUUGACAGGAGGGUGGUUGACCAUCUGGGGCCUCUGAUUCUGCCCCACAAACUCAUCCCGAAUGAAGGGCACGUCUGCAUACCAAAACUCAGAGCAUAUUUCAUUGUCAAGCUGCCCAUUCACAUCAACAGGUCAGAGUCCAGAGCAACGUCCACCUCCAUGCACCUGUACUGGACUGAGUACAAGCCCCAGGAUCCCUUGGUGUAG